AUGCAAGUUCCGUGUCGAACCAAAAAUGUUAACAAAUAUUACAAAGUGAUUGCAGAGGUAGGUUCAGGGACAUAUGGAAAGGUUUAUAAGGCGAAAUGUUUAAAAACAAAUGAUUUUGUUGCAUUAAAGAAAAUUGAUACCAAAGAUCAAAAAAUAAUGGCAGAAGGAUUCCCUAUUACAGCCAUAAGAGAAAUCAAAUUGUUAAAAAUAAUGAAUCACAAAAACAUUCUGCGAUUAAGAGAGAUCAUAGUGAGCAAAGCAUCUCAUAGGAAUAAUUUCAGAGGAUCAACAUUCUUAGUCUUUGACUACUACGAUCACGAUUUUGCUGGUCUUCAUAGAUAAAGAAAUGUAUUCGCAUUACCAUAAUUAAAAUGCAUUUUCAAACAACUAUUGGAAGGUGUUAAAUAUCUCCAUGAGAGUAAAAUUAUACAUAGAGAUUUGAAAUGCGCAAAUAUUCUAAUGAAUAAUAAGGGGUAAGUAACAUUGGCAGAUUUUGGUUUGGCUAGAACGCUAUCUAACGUGAGUAAUCCCAAAUACACUUACAAAGUAGUCACGUUAUGGUACAGAGCACCAGAACUCUUGUUGGGAUAGACUAAUUACAAUACUUAAAUUGACAUGUGGAGUCUUGGCUGCAUAUUUACUGAGUUAAUAACGGGAGAUGUACUUUUUAAAGGGGACAUUGAGUAUCGUUAAAUGGAAAAGAUCUAUGAAUUAUGCGGUAGUGCUAGCGAGUAGAAUUGGCCUAAUUGUGUCAACUUGAGGUAAUGGGAGGAAUUCAAACCCAGGAGAAAUUACGAGAGAUUACUUACCAAACACAUCAAGGAACUUUGUCAAAUACAAAAUAAAUAGAUUGAUCAAGUCACUUUGGAUUUAAUAGAAUAGUUGUUGAUACUUGAUCCUACUAAACGGUUGAAUGCAGCUCAAGCUUUGAAUCACGAAUUCUUUAAAUAAGACCCGAAACCUUGUUCACAAAAUGAGAUGCCUCAAUUCGACAAAGAAUUUCAUGAGACUCUCUUGAAAAAUGACAUCAGAUUAUAAUAACAGAGAAUUGAUAGAGCUUAGUUCAGACCUCAACAAAAUACGUCUUAGAAGUUUUAAAAAUUGAUUAAGGAUGAAAGGAACUAAGCAAAACCACAAGUUUAGUAGCAGUCUCCAUAAAGAGAUGUCAAAAGUUUUUAAGAAGUUGAUAUUAGUGAUUUAAUUAAAUUUGAAAUAGAGAAGAAAGUAAAAUUAAAUUGA